GCUUGCUUUUGCCAUCUCUCUUCCUAUAUUCCUUUUGAAACCCUGUCAAAACUCUCAUCUGGGUCCUUCUCUUUUUCUCUGAAAAAUGGACAACGGUGGAGUCAACCCACUUUUCAAGAAGCCCAAGACUAAGAUCGUUUGCACCUUGGGACCGGCUUCAAGAUCGGUUCCCAUGGUGGAGAAGCUGUUGAAAGCUGGCAUGAACGUUGCUCGUUUCAACUUCUCUCAUGGAUCUCAUGAGUACCAUCAAGAAACCCUUGAUAAUCUCAGAACCGCCAUGGUCAACACUGGUAUUAUUUGUGCUGUCAUGCUUGACACCAAGGGUCCAGAGAUUCGAACUGGAUUCUUGAAAGAUGGAAAACCUAUCCAAUUGAAACAAGGUCAAGAAAUCACUAUAUCCACUGACUACAGCAUUAAGGGUGAUGACAAAAUGAUUUGCAUGAGCUACAAAAAGUUGGUUCAGGAUGUCAAGCCAGGGAUGGUUAUACUUUGUGCUGACGGCACAAUCUCAUUCACUGUUUUAUCUUGUGACGUGGAAGCAGGGUUGGUUAAAUGCCGUUGUGAGAACUCUGCCAUGCUUGGUGAGAGGAAGAAUGUUAAUCUGCCAGGGGUUAUAGUGGAUCUCCCGACCUUGACAGAGAAAGACAAGGAAGAUAUCUUGAAAUGGGGAGUUCCCAAUCAAAUUGACAUGAUUGCUCUGUCUUUUGUGCGUAAAGGGUCAGAUCUUGUGGAGGUCCGGAAGGUACUAGGAGAGCAUGCUAAGAAUAUCAUGCUCAUGUCAAAGGUUGAAAAUCAGGAAGGGGUGGCAAAUUUUGAUGACAUCCUUGCAAAUUCAGAUGCAUUCAUGGUUGCUCGAGGUGACCUUGGAAUGGAGAUUCCUAUUGAAAAGAUAUUUCUUGCUCAGAAAGUGAUGAUCUACAAGUGCAACAUUCAAGGAAAACCUGUUGUCACAGCAACCCAAAUGUUGGAGUCCAUGAUCAAGUCUCCCCGGCCAACUAGAGCUGAGGCCACUGAUGUUGCCAAUGCAGUUCUUGAUGGCACGGACUGUGUGAUGCUUAGUGGUGAGACCGCUGCUGGAGCUUAUCCAGAUCUUGCUGUGUCUACCAUGGCCAAAAUAUGCGUAGAAGCAGAAAGCACCCUUGAUUAUGGAGAUGUUUUCAAAAGGAUUAUGGAACACUCACCUGUGCCCAUGAGCCCAUUGGAGAGUCUGGCUUCUUCUGCUGUUAAAACAGCUAAUUCCGCAAAAGCAGCCCUUAUAUUGGUCCUAACCAGAGGAGGGAGUACCGCAAAGCUGGUGGCUAAGUAUAGGCCUGGCAUGCCUAUUUUGUCUGUGGUUGUCCCUGAGAUUAAGACCGAUUCCUUUGAUUGGUCAUGUAGCGAUGAAUCUCCAGCAAGACACAGCCUAAUCGUCCGAGGGUUGGUUCCAGUUUUAUACGCAGGAUCUGCUAGGGCCUCUCACGCAGAAACAACAGAGGAAGCAAUUGAGUUUGCCAUUGACCAUGCCAAGGCAAAGGGAUUGUGCAAGAAAGGAGAUUCAGUUGUGGCUCUUCACCGCAUUGGAACUGCAUCCAUAAUCAAGAUUUUGACUGCGAAUUGAUGAUUUUCACAGCUUUUGUUUUUCAUUUUUUGUCAGCUCAUCUGUUUUUAUCCCUUUUUCUUUUUGGUGGGAGAUGAUCUCAUUGCAUUGGUAAUGCCGCUUCCCGAUUUCGGCUGCAGCUUGUUUCGGUUAUUACUUUUUGUCUGAGAGAAACUCAGAUAUGAUAAAAAUGUUACAGAAACAUCCAUUUUUGAA